CACCGGCUGGAAAAGCGGAAGGUGGAGGAGGACAAGAUCGCGAUGAAAGCGUGGAUCAGGUUCAGCAGACGGCGAAGGAGAGAAACAAUACCGCUGUCCCUUCCGCCCAAUCUGAAACUUUUCAACAAUCACCAGAGCCGCUUUUUCAGCUGAAGAAAGUCGUCAAGAGAACGAGGCGAAAAAAAGCCAGUCCGCUGAACGUUGCCUCGCCACCUGGUUUAUCCCGGAAGGAGAAUUGCGAGCAAGCCACUAAAAGUGUCACGAAUAAAGCUGCGGACGAGGAAUUCUCCGCGGGGGAAGCGGAACAAAAGAAAGAGGAGAAGAUCGCAGCAACCAUUACGAACCAGAGCGAAACCAAUCAAACACACGAGAAACUCGAUCGUGUGGCGUCACCAGAGUUAGGCGACCGAGCGGAGCAGGUGAGUGUGGAGCUAAAAAAAGAAGGCCACAUCCCAGCUGAAAAAAAUUUGAUCGAGAUCGUCGACCAAGCCGGAGUGCAAGUCACAUCUUCGGAAGGCCCUGAGGCCUCGAGCCCCUCUUCGAAUACCGGAAAUUGUCCUAGCGAUGCACAUGUGGAUCAGGC